UUUUAUUUUUACUCAAAAGCCAAUCGCAAUUGGAACUCACGCAUCUAAAUAGUGAGGUUUUAAUUACAUUACUAGUGCUUUGUUUUACUUUAUAAAUAUACAUAUAUUUUUAUACGAUUCUUAGCAAAACAAUUACUUAGUUAGUUGUAGUGUUUAUUUGCCCCAGUGAUCCUAAACAAACGCGACACUUAAUAAACUACAAUAAAAUUCUCUAAUCACAUUUAUCAAAUGAAAAAAAAAAACAAAAACAAUAAGUUUAUAUAAAACACAAGUAUUAAAAUUUAUAACAGUUUCAAAAAGAACCUUAUAAUAGCAACUAAUAAAUAGUGAAAAAAAUAAAAAAAAUUCGAAAAAAUAAUAUAAAAAUCAAAAAAGGCAAAAAAUCCAUUAAAACAUCGUUCCAAACCAUUUAAUAGUGUUUGUAUUGAUAUUAAAAAAUACAAUUACAAAGCAAUAGCAAUUAAUCUAUAGAUUAUGGUUUAUUUAAAAUAGAAAAUCAUUAAAUAAAAACAAUUUUGUUAAAAACAAAAAUUUAAAUUAAAACAGUUGAUUUUUACGCGGUUUACAUUAAUAAUGUGUUUGUGUUCCUGUACAGUUUAGACAGGAAAAUUUACAAAAAAAAAUAAAUAUAUAAACAGUGCAUAAAAUUUUGUAAAACAAAUAAAUAAGAAUAAUUCUUUUGAAAAGCAAUAAAUUCAUAAUAGGUUUUAAGUAAAUAAUCUCUUGGCUACAACACAUUUUCUUUUAUUCAACAAACGAAAUUUCUUAAUAAAAUUAACCAAAAAUGGAAAUGAAUGUAGGCGUUUUGGAAUUAUUCAAAUUACUUGGCAAACUUUUUGCCUUUAAAAUCGAGGAAAGACGUUUGGCCACAAGUGAAUAUGAAAUUAUUAAUACCAUUUAUGGCAAAGUAAGGGGUAUGCAACGCAAAAAUGCCUACGAAGAAUAUGGUAACUAUUUUGCAUUUGAAGGGAUACCGUAUGCUAAGCCACCCUUAGGUGACUUGAGAUUUCGAGCACCGCAACCGCCAGAGCCUUGGGAAGAUGUAAAAGAUUGUUUGUAUUAUAAAUCGAAACCAGUGCAAAAGGAUUUCAUCAAAAGAAUAACACUAGGUUCAGAAGAUUGCCUGUAUUUAAAUGUAUAUGCUAAAAAGCUAUGUUCGGAAAAACCUUUGCCUGUUAUGGUUUGGAUAUAUGGUGGGGGCUUUCAAAUAGGCGAGGCUAGUCGGGAAAUCUAUUCACCUGAUUAUUUUAUGCAAAAGGAUGUAAUUUUGGUAACAUUAGCUUAUCGUUUGGGGGCUUUGGGUUUCCUAAGCUUAAACGAUCCCGAUUUACAAGUACCCGGCAAUGCAGGCAUUAAGGAUCAGGUUAUGGCCUUAAAAUGGAUUAAACAAAAUAUAGAAUACUUUAAUGGAGAUCCCAAUAAUAUCACGGUGUUUGGUGAAAGUGCUGGGGCAGGUUCUACAAAUUUGCUGAUGAUAACUCCCCAAACCAAAGGUCUAUUCCACAAGGCUAUUAUACAGUCCGGUUCGGCUUUAUGUAACUGGGCUAAUACACCUCCUCGUGAUUGGGGCUAUAGACUAGCCUGCGUAAUUGGCUACAAGGGCAACAAUAAUGAUAAGGAAGUUUAUCGCUUUUUGGCCAAACAGGAUGGCAAGAAAUUGGCUUGCAGGGAUACGAUAUUGUUAAGCCGUCAAGAAAGGUUUGAAAACUUACUGUUUGCCUUUGCACCAGUAGUUGAACCCUACAUAUCCGAAGCAUGCAUAGCAAACAAACCUUUUAAAGAAUUAAUGCCAAAUGCCUGGAGUAAUGAAAUACCAGUGAUUAUAGGUGGCAAUUCAUACGAGGGACUAUUUCAUUAUGCCACUAUAAUGAAAAGCCAGUAUUUGGUAAAUGAACUUACAGACUGUGUCAAUCUAUUGCCGGAUGAUAUUCAACGAAAACAUUCACCUGAGGAACUCAAAAUCAUGGCUUCGAAAUUAAAACAGGCAUACUUUGGCAACAAAAUACCCAGUGUUAAGGAAACAUUAUUUGAAUACAUGGAUCUCAUGAGCUAUAGAACCUUUUGGCAUGGCAUCUUUAGAUAUAUUAAAGCUAGAUCGGCCUAUGCUACACAGGCGCCUACCUAUUGUUAUGUCUUUGAUUUUGAUUCGGAUUUUUUCAAUCAUUUUCGUGUUUUAAACUGUGGCAAAUCUAUGCGUGGUGUUUCACAUGGUGACGAUGUUUCUUAUUUAUUCUACAAUGUGGUAGCCGAGAAAUUAUUACCCACCUCUGGAGAAUUCAAAUGUAUACAACGCAUGCUGGGCAUGUGGUAUAAUUUUGCCUUAACCUCCAAUCCCAAUUGUAAAGAAAUUGAACAGGUUUGCUGGCAACCAGUUGGCCAUGAUACAGAUUUGGAAAAACCCAUUAAGACUUUAAAUAUCAGCGAUGAGCUAGAGUUCAAGGACUUGCCGUUUCAUCGUAAACUUCAACUGUGGAAUAGUUUCUAUACCAAGGAAUCUUUAAAAUAUCAGGAAAUUUCUUUACCGGUGGGUCAGCUAAGGGGCUGUCUGAGAAAGACCAUCUAUGAUGAAGAAUAUUAUAAUUUUGAGGGUAUACCUUACGGCCAGCCACCGGUAGGUGAUUUAAGAUUCAAAGCACCAUUGCCAGCCCAGCCAUGGACCGGGGUUAAGGACUGUUUGGAAUUUAAUGUCAAGCCUAUGCAGACAAGCUCUUUAACUGGUAAAAUAGAGGGUUCAGAAGAUUGUUUGUAUUUAAAUGUCUACGCUAAAGAUCUUAAUACAGACAAACCCUUGCCCGUUAUGGUGUAUAUUUAUGGUGGCGGCUUUGCUACUGGCGAGGCUACCAAAUUUCUUUAUAGUCCGGAUUAUUUUAUGCAAAAAAAUAUUGUUCUGGUUACUUUAAAUUAUAGACUUUGUUCUCUAGGUUUCCUUAGCGUUGAAGAUCCCACUCUCCAAAUACCCGGCAAUGCUGGCUUGAAAGAUCAAAUGUUGGCUUUAAAAUGGGUGAAGCAAUACAUCAAACAUUUCAAUGGUGAUCCCGAAAAUAUUACCUUAUUUGGUGUCAGUGCUGGUGGUGCAUCCGUACAUUAUAUGACCUCAACACCUCACACUAAAGGUCUCUUCCAUAAGGCUAUAUGUAUGUCGGGAUCUAUGCUAAACAACUGGGCUAAUACACCACAAAAAGAUCAUGCCUAUCGUUUGGCAAAGUUCAAUGGCUAUGAGGGUGAGAAUACGGACCGGGAUGUUGUAGCUUUUUUGCAGAAAUUAGAACCCCAGAAAUUGGUAAAACAUGAUAUUUUAACCGAUCAAGAAAGACGCAAUGGUAUUUUGUUCGCCUUUGGUCCUUGUGUAGAAUCAUAUAUAGGUGAGGACUGUGUUAUACCAGAAGAUCCCCGGGAAAUGUUGAAAUCGGCUUGGGGUAAUCAUAUUCCCAUAAUAAUGGGAGGUACCGCCAAUGAGGGCUACCUAAUGUAUCCUAAAUUGAAAAUGUUUCCUCAAGCUAUGAAUGCCAUCAAUAAUGAUUUGGAGAGAAUAUUGCCCGCGGAAGUAAGAGAAGAGGAUAAGGAACAAUCUUUGUUAAAAGCUCGUCGCUUGGUGAGAACUCAUUUUGGCGAUAAAACUCCCAGUAAUGAAUGUAUUCAAGAAUUUUUGGAUCUAUAUGGCUUUAAAGCUUUCUGGCAUGGUUUUCAUCGCUCUCUACUCUCUCGUCUAGCUUAUGCCAAAGCUCCCACUUACCUCUAUCGUUUCGCCUUCGAUUCACCCACUUUUAAUCAUCAUCGUAUACGUUUCUGUGGUGAUGACUUGAAAACCGGCGUGGCUCAUGCUGAUGACUGUUCUUAUAUAUGGUAUGGAUUUUAUGCCUGGAAAUUGGACAAAGCCUCCAAGGAAUAUAAAACAAUUGAAAGAAUGAUUGAUAUUUUUACAACUUUCGCCAAAACUUCCGAUCCCAAUUGCGAGGAAACUAAGAGCAUAACAUGGUUGCCCUUGGCCUACAAUGAGGCCAAUUUAGGUUUAAACAUUGGCGAUGAGUUGAAUUUUGAAAUUAUACCCGAAAAAGAAAAAUUUGUUGUUUGGGAUUCAUUGUAUGAAGCCAAUAAAUUAUUUUAGUAGUUGUUAAUACAGGUAAACAAAUAAAUUUAUUAUAAAGCUGCAUUUAUGUGAAA